AGUAUCAGUUCAGUCGCAGGUGGGAUCGAUCGUUUGUAAGCUGCGCGCGCGCACCUCAAGGCGCGGCCCAAGUUUAUAAAAGUACUUGCGUCACUCACACGCCUCUCAUUUCGUUGAAAACGUCGCGCGCGCACGGACCAGCCAUGGGGAAAGACGAACUUAUCAAAAAUGUUCUCUACGUAAUGAACAUUAUAUACGCCGUCUUCGGCCUGGUGACGGCAGCCACUGGAAUCUGGUUCUUUGUGCAACUAACCGAGUUCGUAGCCUUAAGGAAUAGCAACCAUUAUCUAUUGGACUAUAGAAUCUACUGGCCUCAAGUCGCACCAUGGCUGUUUAUUCUACUGGGAUUGUUUAUCAUCAUGGUGGCGUUUUGUGGGUGGUGCGGCGCCAACAGGGAGAGUCGAGGCAUGCUCGGCAUCUACGGCCUCUUCCUGAUUCUUAUCGUGGUGGGUCAGCUGAUCGCCGCAACUCUCAUCUUUGUUUACGUCGACGGUGAAGACACAGACAGAUUCAUCAAGGAUACAGUGUAUGACGGAUACUACAACUCUCAGUCCAACCCUGAUGUCUUCAAAUCCUUUGGAAGGAUUGAGAGGAAGCUGCGGUGCUGUGGUGCCAACGAUGCUCGUGACUACAGAAGCUGGAGAAACGAUCUGCCGCUAACCUGCUGCCUGGACAGCUACUACCGUGCUACCUGCGAGUUCACCGACAAGGAGGCGAACGAACGUCUCGGAUGUGCUAAAGUGGCGUCAGUGUAUACCAAGAUCAUCAGUUCGUCCGUCGCGGGUGCCUCGCUACUUAUAUCUCUUUUGGAGAUCUGUGGUAUUGUGCUAGCUUGGAAGCUCUUCCACUCCUUGCGGGAGGUCGAACACUACAUUACGGAGAGAAAAGAAGGUGAAACCGAGUGCUAGGUGCUAAGUGCCAGUAUUAUUCUCGAUAUAUCGAUACCGCCGAUCGAUGCCGCUACGGUAUGAGACUCUAAUCGAUACCGAUUCUCGUCCCUGAAGUAACUUUCCCUUUCUAAGUUUUCUUUCUUUCACGGUGUCUGUUUACUUCUGAAUGAAGUUCGUUUCCUUGUUGAAGGAAAGCCCGAAACCUUUGUUCUGUUGCUCUGAUAUAAUGUUACAUUCCAUCUGUUAUUCGAUUAGUGUUAAUUCGCUUUAAUGAAGCAAUCUCAUAGUGUAAUUCGUGUAGAAUCUCGCCACGCCUUAGGUCAAAGUGUAUAUUAAGAUGAUAUUAUUCGAGUGAGUGGGCCUAAUCAGUGGCUUCCUUCUUAACUCAAUGAUGCAUGAGUACCUGCACUGACUCAUAGACCUCAUUGUGCCUAAGACAUGGUGAAUCCGUCGGCCUCGCCCCACCAAGUCUCUUCGAGACAUACGAUUAAUAGUUUAGGUAUACAUAGAUCGGUUUGUAAGUUUCGUAAGUUAUAUUUGCGUUAAUAAGCGUCCAUGGACGAGUGGAGAUUGUGAGGCGAUAGAAGGUCGUCUAUGAGAAAAAUGUGACCUCAGGUUGGGCAGCUGACGAGCUGUUUGUGCCAGAUUCCGUAUUGAGGUCGGCCAUUGUGUAAUAGAUGUUACCUGCGAGGCGUGCCUCGAUGUCGCUCCACUAGUAAACUUUAUUCACGGACCAUCGAAAUAUGCAAAUCUUUACGCAAUACUAUUGUGAGUGGAUAAAGUAUGCUCAGCGGAACUUAUGCUAAUAUAACGACGUAUUUGGAUUUCACAAUUUCUAUAAAGUAUGUUUGUCAAGUAGUUUAAAUAUUGUGCCAAGUAUUGGUGUUCAGAACUUUUGUAUCACAGUAGAGAUUUUAUUGUAUUGAAGUUUUUGUAAUUUUAUUUUUUAUAGUUUUUAUAAGUUUUUGGAGCGAAUUUCCGUCCUUUAUAUAAAGAGCCAUAUUUAAUAUAUUAUAAAUAAUGUGUGUUUGUAAUAGUGUGUGUCCAAUUGCCAAAGAAAGUAUAGGUACAAACUUUCGAGAAAAAAAAGAGAAUAUAUUUUUUGCAUGCAAAAGAAAAAAACAUUUAUAUCAUGUAAUUAGUAUAAGUGAAUAACCACUACCAUUAUCACUGUAAUAAUUAUUAUUAGCUAAUUAUUGUAAGUUAUUUUUAUACAAUAUCUAAAAAUUAUGUCAUUUAAGUCGAAACUAGUCUUAAGUCGUUUCGUUUGUAAUAGAAAUUAAAUGUUAAAAUAUUUCAGUAA